UUGUCGAGCAAGACAUCGGAGUGUGGCAGGUUGCAGGAGAAGAGCCUCGCGUUGGCGAAGGAGCUUGCUGCAUUGAAGCUGUCGACAGACAUGAACCUUCAGGAGGAAGAGAUCCUUAAGCUGGCAUCACUUGGUAACCAUGGAAUCCCGGCUAAUGCAGUUGAUGUUUUGACAAGAUCUCUUGCGCUUCGGAACAAGAGCUACAAAGAAUUGAUGAUCCAAUGCAAUGUUCUGGGAAGAUCAGAAUCUCGUUCGCAGCAGAGGUUUGAGAAGGCGAGAGAGUUCAUAAAGAAGUUAAAGGCAAGGGUACAAGACCUUGAGAAGGAACUAGAAGAAAAAGAAAAUGGUCUGAUUAGGGACCUGAGGUCUGCAAAGAAAUUCAAAGCUGACCAGACAAAUUCAGGAAAUAACACCACUAAUAAUGGUUUCUCGGGUCUUGCUGCUGGAUGUGGAAAUCAAACAAUGGAGCUCGAUGAAAUGCAGGAUCCAUCCAACAGGCCUGGGCCAUCACCUGAAGCUAAAACUGACCUGAAUAUAAAAGACAAAAUGGAUAACAAGCAUUCAGAUGUGAUAGACUUAGAUGUUGAUGAUUCCGUCUCUCAAGAUGAACAGAAGACAGGACUUUCUGCCAAGCCGUUUGGGAAUUGUGCUAACAAUUUGGAUUUGCAAAGUCGGCCAGGCCUUUAUGAACGGGGUAGAAAUGAAUCAGUAGCAUGCAAGACCACGUAUUUAGCAGAAGAAAAUUCCUUUAGAAAACAUUCCAUUCUAAGUGAAAGAUCAGCACUUCAGGAGAGCCUUACAAAGAACAAACUGCAAAAUCUUCAAGAAACGCCUGUUCUAAGAACUAUGAGAGCUACAACUUCAACAUGGGAGAAAGAAGCACUGACAAUUGAUGGCAUAUCUAAAAAAGCUACUAGAUUGUCUUCUGGCACUGGACCACAGCAGGUUCACAAUUUCAAUUCUCUUUCAGAAUCAGAUGACUUCCAAAUGCCAACUAGAAUUUUUGGUGGAGAGGGAACAAGAAAAAGUGUUGGCAAAUGGUGCAAGGGCGCAGCAACAUCUGGAUCUCAUAAUGCAAAUGCAAACAAAAGCAAUCUGAUUUCCGUAGGACCGGACGGACGUGGGGGAAAGGUCAAAAUUUUGAGAGAUCUCGGCAAAUUCCAAGAUAGCAAGACUCAAGCACUAUGGCCUAAGGCACAGAAGCUUGGGAGUAAAGGUGGGCAAUCUCAGAUAGAUCAUUUCUUUGGGAAGAGACUGACGGCGCGGGUUGUUCGCCUGGAGGUGGCCGUAGUUCUCCGGCGGAAGGCCGCGGAGAUGGCCACGGCGGCGGCGGCGUCGUCGCAGGGGUACUGCGCGUGGGCGCUGCGGCAGCGUGGGCUCGGGCUUGGUGGUGGUGGUGGUGGUGGUGCUGCGCGGGCUGUGCCGGUGGCGGUGGCCCCUCGCCGGAGAUUCUCCGUCUCCGCGGCCGCGGGGUUCGACAACGAGAAUCGCGAGUAUGUGAUCGUGGGCGGAGGGAAUGCUGCCGGUUACGCGGCGAGGACGUUCGUCGAGAACGGCAUGGCUGAUGGCCGCCUCUGCAUCGUCUCCAAGGAGGCACAUCCACCGUAUGAGCGACCAGCCUUGACAAAAGGAUAUCUGUUUCCUCCAGACAAGAAGCCUGCACGCCUACCUGGCUUUCAUACCUGUGUUGGAUCAGGCGGGCAGAGGCAGACUGCUGAAUGGUACAAAGAGAAUGGUAUAGAGGUGUUGUAUGAGGAUCCAGUUGUAGCAUUUGAUGGCAAAACUCAGACCUUAAAAACUUCAUCAGGGAAAAUACUGAAGUAUGGAUCACUUAUUAUUUCUACUGGUUGUGAGGCUUCAAGGUUACCUGCUAAGAUUGGAGGAAAUUUGCCUGGAGUUCACUAUAUACGUGAUGUUGCUGAUGCUGACUCUCUAGUAUCUUCAUUGGGAAGAGCAAAGAAAGUUGUUGUUAUUGGUGGGGGCUAUAUUGGCAUGGAGGUAGCAGCAGCAGCUUGUGGCUGGAAUCUUGACACAACUAUUAUAUUCCCAGAGGACCAUAUUAUGCCAAGACUCUUUACACCUUCCCUUGCUAAGAAGUACGAGGAACUCUAUGAGCAAAAUGGUGUCAAAUUCAUAAAGGGAGCUCUUAUUGACAAACUUGAAGCGGGCUCCGAUGGAAGGGUGUCAUCUGCUGUACUUAAAGAUGGAUCUGUAGUUGAAGCUGAUACAGUUAUUGUUGGUAUAGGAGCACGUCCAGUUAUUGGCCCAUUUGAAGCUGUUGGGCUCAAUCCUGAAGUUGGUGGAAUAGAGGUUGAUUCCUUGUUUAGAACUAGUAUACCUGGUAUCUUUGCUAUUGGAGAUGUAGCAGCUUUUCCCCUCAAGAUGUAUGAUAGAAUAACUCGAGUUGAGCAUGUGGAUCAUGCUCGGAAGUCUGCACACCACUGUGUUGAAGCACUCCUAACAUCCCACACAAAACCGUAUGACUACCUUCCAUAUUUCUAUUCAAGAGUUUUUGAGUACGAAGGAAGUUCAAGGAAAAUUUGGUGGCAGUUUUACGGUGAUAAUGUUGGCGAAACAAUUGAAGUGGGAAGCUUUGAUCCGAAGAUCGCUACCUUCUGGGUCGACUCUGAUAGUCGACUGAAGGGUGUUUUCCUUGAGAGUGGUAGCUCAGAGGAAUUUUCACUUCUUCCCCAACUUGCCAAGUCUCAGCCCGUUGUAGACAAAGCUAAACUCAAAAGUGCAACCUCUGUCGAGGAUGCCUUAGAGAUUGCAAGCAGCUCUCUCCAAUCUGGUGCUUCUGUUUAGUUCUCAACAUGUAGAAAAACUCAGUUUGGGUCCUGUUACGUCUUGUAAAAUGUCAAGUCAACAAUAAUUUUCCACAAUUGCACGGCAUUCGUUUACGCGGCACUGUAAAAUUCCUAGAUGUACCUGUGAUCACCAUUUCCAGCUUGAAAUAAACUUGGUCGCCCUUUGAGGGGUGAGGAAAGAUAUGAUAUAAUGGAACCCAUGGAGUGUUACUUCCUC